GUUUGGGUCUGUCUUACCUGAAUGAUGGCAGGUUUUUGCCAUAUUUUGGGAGAGACAAACACAAGUUAAUUGGUCAGCUGUGGUUUGGGCUUUUUAAGGCUGAUCUAAACAGCAUUCAGGCCCCCACCCUACAGACAGGAGGUCUGUGCUAAGGAGUCAGGUGACUCCCAAAAAGCUCUGUGAGAGAAGACAGAGUGGAUGCAUCUCUGCAGGAGGCAGAGGUGAUGACUGUUGGAGCAGAAAGAUGUAAGCUAGACGCUGUGUGCGAAUUAGAAGCCGUGUGUGUCAAGAGGACAAGUCGCUGUGUGCGAAUCAAAUGCUGUGUGCGACUGUUGAUUUUCUUUGCAAGAUACAGAAAUGAUGAAACCCCCCUGCGAGGGCUACUUUUGUUUCUUGUGAACUUUGAACUUUUCUUUUAAAUAAAAGUGGGCUACCAGGCCCUUAAAACUCAGCUCCGGAUUGGCGUCUCACUGAAAAACGCAUCUACCGUUGGAGUAUGAUCCCCCAAUCUUACAUCUGGUGGAGAAUGCGGGCAGUUUGGAAGAGUUCCAGAUCCAUGCAUACCAACAAACAGUGAGUAAAAAGCAACCGUGCGUUUUUGGCAGCAAUGCUAUGAUGAACAGUUAAAAGUUAAGUUUUUCUGCUGUGAACUUCUGUUAGCUGUGUGUGGCAGUCAGGAGAACUGCAUUGCACAGGAGUUAAAUUAAUGGACUGUGUUGCACAUGGCCUGAGAAGACAUAUCCAUUUGGGAAGGCCCAGUGAAUGGAUAAUUCAAGUGGAAUCGCAGAGAGUGAAGUCUGCGUGUGAAAGUGUGCUGUUGGCAAGUCUUGUAGAAAGUACACCAACAUUUUUUCCUGUGUUUUAAAAGGAACUGUGUUAUAAAUCAUUGCCCUGUUUGCAGCGAUGGGAAGGUCAAAUCGCAAACAGAAAGCAAUAUUUGCUGAAAUGAGAGACAGGACUUUGUGGCUGGAGGGUUUGUUGCCGACAGAACAAGCCCCAGAAUCAUGCAAAAAGCACUUGGCUGCGCUGAACCAAGCCAAAGUCAAAGUUCAUGCUGUUGUCCCUAGCAACACAGUUGAAAUGAGUGCACAGGUGAUUGCAAGUGCAGAGAAUCCACCAAAGUUUGAGUCUGCAGUGGAUUGGUGCAAGCGACACUUGGCUGCACUGAACCAAAAUAAAGGGGAAGUUCAUGCUGUUACCCUUAGCAACGCUGGUGCAGGCCGGCCAGCUAUUAAUGUGCAAAGUAUUAAGAAACAAGUGCGCUAUUUGCAGUGCAGUGAGUGGGGGCAUGAAGUUUCCAAAUGCCCUUUGUCCCAGGCUUCAACAAAGCAAAGGUAUAAGAAGCCUGCUCUGAAUGUAAAGAGUGAGCAGAUGGGUGCAGUUGCCCAUAGCAACGCCUAUGAUGUCAGGUCAGUGGACCGCAAGACAAAGAUAUUGCCUACAGAGAGUCCUGGCAAGUUUAAAGCAACGCUGCUUCAUGGAGAGAGAAGUCUAUGUGUGUCGGAGAGCCAGCAACAUGCAGCUAGGAGAGCACCAUUUCCGCUAGCAACCGGAGAAAAGGUGUCAGAUGCAGUUCAAGGUGCUAUGAUUUGUGCCUCUGAUUACAUGCAGCCCAUGCUACCAGCAGAGGAGGUUGGAGACUUCUUGGGAAAAUUUGAAAAAGUUGCCGUAAGGGGGAAAUGGCCUAGAGACCGGUGGCCAAAAUUUCUGCAAACCUUGUUGCCGGUGGAGUACCGGUCGGUUUACCAUUUGAUGGACAGUGACCAGGAUGACUAUUGCAAGUUUAAAGAGGAAAUCCUUCUUAGAGGAGAGUUUCAUCGUAUCAUGGGCCAGCGGAACUCUUCGUUGGUGGACCAAGGUUCCCUUUCAGAUGUGUUUUCAGUCACCCCUGGCAACAAGAAGUCUUCUGUUGUGUCUGCAGGGGGUGUUAAACAGUGGGAGAUGCCUGCUGUAAUUUCGUCCUGUGGCCACCAGGAGGGGUUCACCAGUGAAUAUGCAACUGAGAGACGAUGCCCUCAAGUGAAGAUCGAUUUGCCGACUUCAGAGUAUGGUAAGACUGUUGCAGUUUCUGUUUCAAGUGAAGUGUGUCCGGUGAGGACAUCGGCAGAAGUUUUAAAAAUGGACUUGCUGCAGUGUGUUACCCAGAUCAGUGGGGAGACACAGGGUAAAGCCCUGCUUGCAGCAAGGUCAAGGUCUGAAAUGGACAUAUGGACUAUGGGUGCACCUAAGGUAGUCCAGCAGAAUGUUGAGGGAGAUGUGUUAGGGGUGACCAAAACAGUUGGUGUGUCAUGUUCCCUAGCGAUAGAGACAGCUGCUGCGGAGUUGCCAAGGGAAACCGCCAAGGAGAGUGUAUUGGUAAGGCAAGGUGUUUCCCAGGACAACUGUGAAGCUGCCCUAGUGGGCAAAAUAGUUCCGUUAGAGAGGAAGGCUAAUGUGCUGAGUCGCAUGCAGGGUGCCGUGCGUUCUGAUAAAAGUCAAUCUGAUAAAGGUUAUAGAACUGCUAUGUUUAUAAAUGAUGAUGAUGUUGUUGAUGAUACAUGCACUUAUGGUGAUGUGUUCACUAGUAAUGAGGUAGGGGUGAUCGCUAAACAGGUUAUGCGAUUUCCCUUAGCAACAGUAGGUAAGGUUGCAGAGGUGUCCUUAGAAACCUCCAGGGAGCUCUGUGUGUUGGAGCCAGAGGUUGCCUGGGACGACGGUCGUGCCGCUCUGAUGGAUAAGAGGGUACUUGACCUUCGUGAUGAGAAAAAUGGUAAAACUGAAAUGUCUGAAUUUGCUUGUAGUGAUGUGUUACUUCAGUCUGUCGCUGCUGACAGAAAAAGUCCUCACGAGUUUAAUGAAGCGCCACACAGUGGUCAAGUUAUGUUAUUGCAGCCUGCUGUGUUUAAAAAUGUGUUUGCGGUGGACACAAAUUCUGCUAUGCAAAAUGGAGAGACUGCAGGGCCGGUAGACACGGGUGCAUUGGCUUUUGCAGAAGUUAACCCUCUCCAGUUGGAAGGAUCUGAAAAGGGCGCAUACAUGGCAGAAGUUUUGUCCUCAGCAAAAGAGAUGAGGAAUGUUGCUCUUCAGAAUGAUAUGGUAAUGGAUAGCAAUUUGGAAUCGCUCAGUGUUGCUGAAAGUGAGAGGAUGAGUGUCGCACAUGCGAUUUGCAGUGCUCAAGGGAAGCCACAAGUUUUGUCAGUUUCCUCUGAGGUAGAGGUCUCUUUAAAUGACUCAGCCUCUCACGCUUUAGCAAAUGAGCCCCUCCACAUCGUUAGUAAAGGAACAAUUCCUAGAGUUCUGUGUUUAGAUGUGACAUGUUUAAAAAUAACUGAGAUGUUGUUGGAAUUGGUGACAAUAUUUCCAAUGUACACCUGCGUGUAUCCACAGCAGAAGGGUGACAUGGUACUGCGUAGUACCAAUCGGUGGACACAGGUGGUACAGGCAUUGUUAAGCAAUAUUAAUGAAAAUUGGUUGCUCUACUGUUGGUUAAUUUUGUGUAAAGUUGUCUCACAGUUCUCAUCGAGAGUGCUUCCAGCGGCGGUUGGGUGCGGAAGGCGCUCAGGGGAAUUGUUAGAGAUAUCAGAAGUAAUAGACAUAGUGGAAGUCUCUCCGUCUGCUGAUGUGAUGGAGUGUAUUCCUACGGGUGCAGUCCGAGGUACGGCUGAGCAGUGGUUGGUACAUGGCGGGCGUACUGUCUCACCCUCUAGACCUCAUGAAAAGGAAGGGCUUGGAAUGGACGUGGCAGUAGUGGGAAUUCAGUCCAUCACUCUCAGAGAGGUACAGUUUGAGGUACCCGGAGACACUUUGAUAGGAAAUAACGGUAAUGAUAUCUGUAACAAAGUGUAUGAGAAGCACUGUAGAGCACUGUCAGACAAUUCUGAGCUAUUGGUUGAGGUACCAAUGGACACAGAAGUGGUUAAAGAGAUUGGUGUGGAAAAAUGUGUGUUGGUAGGACAAUUGUUAUUGGAGUGUUGGACAACAGGGGGCGAUGUGAAACUGCGGGACUGUCCCAUAGGGAGUAACUGCUUGCCUGUAGGUGGUCCCUCCAUAGACUCUGUCCUAACAAACAAGGGGACCAGAGGUCCCAUUGACAAUGUUGAGUCAGGUAGUGAGAGUGGUCAGUUCCUGACAGAUCCCAUAGAAGUAGGUCCCCAACAGUCCCAGGAGUGUAGGUCCAUGGGAGGGAAAAGAGGGAUUCUGAGGCCAGAAGAUAGAAGGGAUAGAGGGAUUUGUAAGAGCCCAUGGUUUAGGAAGAAGUGCUGGUGGAAGCACACCCGGAAGAAGAGCUGGGUAGAGUGCCCCUUUAGAGGAAGGGUUAGGCAGAUUAAGACUCCUGCUGCUUAUAGUUGGCACAAAGGCGCCAUGGCGAAGUGUUGGUGGAAACAGACCCGGAAAAAAUGGGCCUGUGCAGCCAAUGGUUGGCCCAGAGGUGACCCAUUUGUGAUGAUGGGUCUGUGUGUUCCUCCCUCCGGUUCGAAACAGAGGGGGAGGGUAUGUGGUGGUUUGGGUCUGUCUUACCUGAAUAAUGGCAGGUUUUUGCCAUAUUUUGGGAGAGACAAACACAAGUUAAUUGGUCAGCUGUGGUUUGGGCUUUUUAAGGCUGAUCUAAACAGCAUUCAGGCCCCCACCCUACAGACAGGAGGUCUGUGCUAAGGAGUCAGGUGACUCCCAAAAAGCUCUGUGAGAGAAGACAGAGUGGAUGCAUCUCUGCAGGAGGCAGAGGUGAUGACUGUUGGAGCAGAAAGAUGUAAGCUAGACGCUGUGUGCGAAUUAGAAGCCGUGUGUCAAGAGGACAAGUCGCUGUGUGCGAAUCAAAUGCUGUGUGCGACUGUUGAUUUUCUUUGCAAGAUACAGAAAUUAUGAAACCCCCCUGCGAGGGCUGCUUUUGUUUCUUGUGAACUUUGAACUUUUCUUUUAAAUAAAAGUGGGCUACCAGGCCCUUAAAACUCAGCUCCGGAUUGGCGUCUCACUGAAAAACGCAUCUACCGUUGGAGUAUGAUCCCCCAAUCUUACAAUAUAUAUGUGGAAUGUUUAUUCACAAUAACCACACAUAGGGGUGUUUAAUAUAAUAUAUUAUAUUGUCAUGAUAUUAUACACAUUAACAAAGUACCAAAUGAUAAAACAGCGCUGAUAUGGGUUGGUUAAAUGCCCAACUGCAUAAAGGCAUUAAAGUGAUGACGAUGCAACAAGGAUUUUCUACAGUGAUGGGUGCUUCUAAUGAUAGGUAUGUGAUGGAUCCUACACCUCUCCCAAUCUUCACCACAAGUGAGGCACACUCCCCUUCGGGGUACAAACUCACCAGAGGGCCAAUAAACAUAAGCCUUAAGCGGUAACUUUUACUGGAACAUCUGUCAGCAUUGCUGGGGUCAGCGUGGGUUAAUACUCCAUAUACAU